UCAUUGGAUGCCCUUUGAGCAUAGCGAGACAUCAUUGGGCAAACGGCACUAGCGUUUCCUUACUAGCAGCGGCACAUCUCCGGGGGCGACCGCUCGACUGGCUGGUAAACAGGCAUGUGAAAGAAACCAGUGGAGACGGCAGUACUGGCAAUAAUGUCCUUCAGAGAUUUGAGAAAUUUUACAGAAAUGAUGAGGGCGUUGGGCUAUCCUCGCUUGAUAUCGAUGGAGAACUUCAGGACACCUAACUUCAAUCUGGUGGCAGAAAUCAUGAUAUGGCUGGUUAAAAGAUAUGAGCCUCAAAUGGAUAUUCCCGGGGACGUGGACACGGAGUCGGACAGAGUAUUCUUUAUAAAAGCCGUGGCUCAGUUUAUGGCGACUAAAGCUCACAUUAAGCUAAACACCAAGCGCCUCUAUCAAGCUGAUGGCUACGCAGUGAAAGAGAUGUUGAAAAUCACCUCGGUGCUCUACAGCGCCAUGAUGACCAAGCAGAUGGGCCUGGAGGACAUAGUGGAGGACAGCAGCAAGUUCAAGUUUGACAUAAGCUCACGGAUUUCCGAGCUCAAAGAAGCUCGACAGCUGGCGUCUGAGGUCACGUCAAAAGGAGCGUCUCUGUAUGAUUUAUUGGGCAAGGAGGUGGAACUUAGGGAAAAGAGAACAGCGGCCAUUGCCCGACCCCUUGAGAUCGACGGGACUGAAAGAGCCCUCAGAGCUGCCAUCAAAGAAGCCUUGGAAACCACGGAGAAGACCAAAGAAAUGUUGAAUAAUAUUGUUUCUGACGAGGCCAGUCUGGAUGCCAAGAUAGAAAAGAAAAAACAGGACCUGGAGAGAAGUCGGAAGAGACUUCAGACGCUGCAAAGUGUGCGACCAGCAUUCAUGGAUGAAUAUGAGAAGAUCGAAGAAGAACUUCAGAAGCAAUAUGAGAUCUACGUGGCAAAGUUAAAGAACCUUUGUUUCCUAGAGUCUCAGCUGGAAGAUUACCAUCAGCUGGAGCAAGAGAGGUUUGAGGAGGUGGAGAACACUCUUCGGAUGAUGCAGCAAAAUCUGAAAGAGGAAGACAGAGAUCUUAUGAGGAGCUCAUUGAAAGAUGUGGACUCUGACAUGGACGUCCUUGAGGACGACGCGGACACUGACAGUGACUUGGAAGAGUCUCGACCCUCGAAUCCACGGCCCACUCGAAUAGGCAUGAUGGAUGCUACACGGACCAGCGAUUUGUUCCGAAGAGGAACAAGAUUCAUCGGGAACAUGCAAGGUGGUGAGAGUGAUGAGUCUGAAGAGAGUGAGAUUGAGGUGGAUGAAGAUGAUGAAGAGGAAGAUGAGGACGUGAGCAAAGCAUUGGACGAUGACAGUUUGGAAGAUCCCGUGUUGAGGCCAACUCGCUCCUCCAGGGGCCGCGUGAGACCUCCUCUGUCUGAUGAGAGCGACGACUUCUGAUUUAUUUAUAACCUUUUUCAUAUUCCAGCCCAUCAUAUAUAUUCUAUUGUAAACUUGUAUAAUACUGAAUAUAGUACUACUAAUCCAUUGUGUAACAUAGAGCAUCCAUGUAGAGUAUACCUUUAUGUUUCAAUAUUUGUGUAUUUUUGUAAUAAAAUAUUUUUGUUGAAGGCACCUUAUUGAAAAACAAUA